AAAUUCUUUGGCCGACCCAAUCAAUCAUUCAACCCGUCAAUCAAUCGGCAGGGGGGAGCUUCGGCUUGGGAAGUUUUUCCAAUUUGGCAGCGACGACCAAGCGACUAUCACGGGGCAGCGGGCAGCAGACAGCCACGACAAGACAACCCGUACGCCCAGCAGGACAUGCGCAAAUCCCGUUUCUGAACAUCUGGAAAAGGAGAAGAAGAAAAAAACUCUGCACACCGCCAUCAUGGGCGCGCUCAAACCUAUAUUCCGCCCGCAGCUACUGCGCCAAGCCCUCAUACCACAGCACAUCGCCCGCCCGGCCGUCUUCGCCUCUUCGUCCCCUUCCACACGGGCCUCGUCGUCGGCAGCCUCGCGCCCCGCGCCCACCAUCCCGGAGCCGACGCCCUUCUGCCCCGAUGUGCCGACCUUCCUGAAGCUGAUCGGCCGGGGCCUCGGCUCGCACGCCUCCAAGUUCCCCUCGUGGGAGUCGCUCUUCUCCCUGACCUCGAGCCAGCUGGCCGAGCUCGGCGUGGAGCCGCCCCGGACGCGCCGGUACCUGAUCCAGUGGCGGCAGCGGUUCUGCCGGGGCCAGUUCGGCAUCGGAGGUGACCUGAAGCACGUGUCGCCCGAGGGCACCGCGGAGCUGCGCGUGCUCGAGCACGAGGGCGCGGAUCCGCUCAAGCCCGCAAAGUAUGUCGUCAACGUGCCGGAAGGACAGAUCCCCGCGGAGACGGCGCCGGGAGCGUUGAGCCGGGUCUCUGGUUUCUCCGUCAAAGGUGCAAAGACCAUCGUUGGACCCUACGCAUUGCCGGCAAAGGACGGUGCUGUCAGAAUCACAGCGACAGAGGGCAUGUGGGAAGACAAGCGCGGCAGGAAGAUCGAUGGUGGUGAGAGAAGAAGGACCCAGGUUCGGUACAAGAAGAGGAUCCAGGAGCGUCGUGAGAUGCGCGAGAAGGGUGAGAAGUACUAGACGGGCAAAACGUCACAUUUGCAAACAGACAUGGGCAAAGUAGAAUCCAGCCCUAUUGCAGGACGGCAUCGCUCCAUGCGGUCAACUGGGGAUCAUGUAUAGUAUCACAAAUAUGUGUAAAAAUUUGUACAAAAUCUGAAUGCCACAUGGCAAAAUUCUCAU